UAGGGAGACCACACGAACCGCACCGGAGCAAUGGCGACCCUCACCGUCCCCGCCGGAGUCCCGCCCGUCGCCGAGGACUGCGAGCAGCUCCGCAAGGCAUUCACAGGCUGGGGCACGAACGAGAAGCUCAUCAUCGACAUCCUGGCGCACCGCGACGCCGCGCAGCGCCGCGCCAUCCGCGCCGCCUACGCCGAGACCUACGGCGAGGAGCUGCUCCGCGCCCUCAACGACGAGAUCCACGGCAAGUUCGAGAGGGCGGUGAUCCAGUGGACGCUGGACCCGGCGGAGCGCGACGCCGUGCUGGCCAGCGAGGAGGCCAACAAGUGGCACGCGGGGGGCCGCGCGCUCGUCGAGAUCGCCUGCACGCGCACGCCCGCGCAGCUCUGGGCCGCCAAGCAGGCCUACCACGAACGCUUCAAGAGAUCGCUCGAGGAGGACGUCGCCGCGCACGUCACCGGAGAAUUCCGCAAGCUUUUGGUGCCUCUUGUGAGCGCAUACCGCUAUGACGGCCCAGAGGUGAACACAUCGUUGGCACACUCUGAAGCCAAGAUACUCCAGGGUAAGAUCAAUGACAAGGCCUAUGGUGAUGAGGAAAUCAUCAGGAUUCUCACUACAAGGAGCAAAGCUCAGUUGCUUGCAACAUUCAACAGUUACAAUGAUCAGUUCAGCCAUCCCAUCAAUAAGGACUUGAAGGAAGACCCCAAGGAUGAGUACCUGGCGACCCUGAGGGCGAUCAUAAGGUGCUUCACCUGCCCCGACAGAUACUUCGAGAAGAUUAUCAGGCUGGCUAUUGGAAGCAUGGGUACAGACGAGAACUCCCUUACGAGGAUCAUAACCACCCGUGCCGAGGUGGACCUGAAGCUGAUCAAGGAGGCUUACCAGAAGAGGAACAGCGUCCCACUAGAGAAAGCUGUUUCCAAGGACACGACCAGAGACUAUGAAGAUAUGCUGCUUGCACUCCUCGGAGCAGAGUACUGAGGCGUAUGUCUGAUAUACCUUCUUGUGUGAUGGGGGGAAUAAAGAGUGCUUAAAACUGUGAGAUGUGUUGUUUUUUCCUGAAUGAUUAUAAACUAGCCUGAAUGGCAGUGCUUCUCUGGUAAAUUAUAUGAUUUCAUCA